AUGACUGAGCUGCGGCAGAGGCUUGGCCGGGAUGCUGACGGGCAGCUGGACUCGGAGGAAAAGGAAUCAGAGUUGGAAAAUAAGCUGGAUGGAGAAACGGCAUCCGACAGUGAGUGCAAGUCAGAAGUCGCCCCAGCGGCUCCAGUUGAUGAUACUCCGGAAGUUCUUAAUAGGGCACUGUCUAACCUGUCAUCAAGAUGGAAGAAUUGGUGGGUGAGAGGCAUCCUGACUUUGGCAAUGAUAGUCUUUUUCUUCAUCAUAAUCUACUUGGGGCCGAUGGUGUUGAUGGUGAUUGUGAUGUGUGUACAGAUCAAGUGCUUCCAAGAGAUCAUCACAAUUGGCUACAACGUCUAUCACUCAUAUGAGCUGCCUUGGUUCAGAACGCUCAGCUGGUAUUUUCUGCUCUGCGUGAAUUACUUCUUCUAUGGCGAGACAGUCACAGAUUACUUUUUCACUCUGGUCCAGAGGGAGGAGCCCUUGAGGAUUCUCAGCAAAUAUCAUCGCUUCAUUUCCUUUGCCCUCUACUUAACAGGCUUCUGCAUGUUUGUCUUGAGUCUGGUCAAGAAACAUUAUCGACUCCAGUUCUACAUGUUUGGUUGGACCCAUGUGACUUUGCUAAUUGUUGUGACCCAGUCGCACCUCAUCAUUCACAACCUGUUUGAAGGAAUGAUCUGGUUUAUUGUGCCAAUUUCAUGUGUCAUCUGCAAUGACAUCAUGGCCUACAUGUUUGGGUUCUUCUUUGGGCGCACUCCACUGAUUAAGCUUUCCCCAAAGAAGACCUGGGAAGGUUUUAUUGGAGGCUUCUUUGCUACUGUUGUUUUUGGCCUGCUACUUUCCUACGUGAUGUCUGGAUACAGAUGCUUUGUGUGUCCUGUGGAGUUCAACAAUGACACCAACAGCUUUACCGUGGACUGUGAGCCUUCCGAGCUGUUCCAGUUACACAAGUACAACAUUCCUGUGGUGCUUCAGUCUGUCAUCGGCUGGAAAACUGUCCGGAUGUAUCCCUUCCAGAUACAUAGCAUUGCACUCUCCACUUUUGCUUCCUUGAUUGGUCCCUUUGGAGGAUUUUUUGCCAGUGGAUUUAAAAGAGCUUUCAAAAUCAAGGACUUUGCCAACACAAUUCCAGGGCAUGGCGGCAUCAUGGACCGGUUUGACUGUCAAUACCUCAUGGCCACUUUCGUAAAUGUGUAUAUUGCAAGUUUUAUCAGGGGUCCUAAUCCGAGCAAACUGAUCCAGCAGCUCCUGACUCUGCGGCCAGAUCAACAGCUACACAUCUUCAACACACUAAAGGGACAUCUCGUCGAUAAGGGCAUGUUGGCUGGUUCUGAAGAUGCGUAGGCAGCUGUGCCAUCAGGAUAUGACUGAAAGUGGGCAAGUUCCCCCCCACCCAAGGAAAUCCCCUCUUGGCUUGCCUGAUUUAGGACAAUAACCAGGCUUCACGUCUCUCAUUUUCUCGUUUUUUCCCCCAUAUAAAAGGUUUGCAUUUCUGUAACUU